AAAUAGAAAGUACUGAACCUUGAAGUUUUCUUAUAAAUAAUACUUGUUUCUGAAUAUGAAACCCAUUCUGUUCAUUUCCAUCCCUCAACAGUCGGAAAAAUUUCAUCUAAUCUGGAUGUUUUAAUUUCAAAAUUUUGAACCUCUAAUUUUUAUAUUAAAAAAUAGUUGACGGUUUUUUUUAUUGGCUAAACACAACUACCUUGUAAAUCAUUAUGUUUGCCAAUAUAACUGAGAAGUUGAAGCUUCUUUAUAAACCUUAUGUACUAGCUAUUUUGUCAAUUGGUUACAUAGUAGGUGAAUUAGGACAUUAUCUAAUAGGUGUAACAAGUAAAGCAACUGCCAUUGACUUGCAUUAUGGUGAUAUUUCUUGUCAGUUGAAUUCAACAGAAUACAUGUCAUAUGAGCUACCAGAAUCAUGUGAAAGUGCAAUUAAUUCUACUCAUUGUUUAUCAUUAGAACUGAAUGGAACAAAAUACUGUGAAUGGAAUUAUAAUGGACUGGGAUUGGAUUAUCAAAUACUAGCUGGUCCAAGUUUUAUCGCAGUGUUCACUGUAGUCGGAGUCAUACUAGGUAUUGCUGCUGAUAAAUAUCAUCGAGUGAGAAUGUUAACGGUAUGCACAUUAAUAUUUAGCAUAGCAAUUAUUUUAAUGGGUUCAGUUAAAGAAUACUGGCAACUGGUUGUUCUUCGUAUGAUCCUAGCUGCUGGAGAAGCAGGUUGUAAUCCACUGGCAACAGGUCUUAUGUCUGAUUUAUUUGAAGAAGAUCAACGUGGAUUGGUGAUGUCGAUUUUUAAUUGGGGCAUUUAUGGUGGAUAUGGUAUAGCAUUUCCAGUUGGUCGUUACAUAACUCAGUUAAAUGCAUGGGACUUGGGAUGGAGAGUCUGUUAUUAUGGUGCUGGGAUUAUUGGAUUGAUAAUAACUGUUUUAACAGCAUUUACCCUAGUUGAACCUGAAAGAAAAUCUAUUGGAGAAGAAACAAUGAAUGCUAGUAAUGAAACAAAACCAUCCACGUGGAAAGUUUUAUUCCAGCCUAGAGUCAUUUUGUUGUGUUUAGCUGCUAGUAUAAGGCAUUGCGGUGGAAUGUGUUUUGCAUAUAACUGUGAUUUAUACUAUAGAGAUUAUUUCCCAGAUUAUGAUCUAGGAUGGUGGCUUUUUGCUGUUACAAUUGUCGUAGGAAGUAUUGGAGUGGUUGCUGGUGGUAUAAUUAGUGAUAAGUUCGUGGCGAAAUUAGGAAUAAGAUCACGUGUUGCUGUUCUUGCUAUUAGUCAAUUGGUAGCUACGCCUUUUUCAUUUGGAUCUGUGUAUUUUAAUCCUCUUUGGGCUAUGAUUACUUUAGGAAUAUCAUACUUUUUUGCUGAAAUGUGGUUUGGAAUUGUCUUUGCUGUCAUGGUAGAAAUAGUUCCGUUAAGCAUGAGAUCAACGACUAUUGGAGUAUUUUUAUUUGUUAUGAACAAUAUUGGUGGUAAUUUACCAAUUUUAGUUGAACCAACAAGAAAAGUCAUUGGGUUUAGAGAGAGUCUCUAUAUUUAUUAUGCUGGAUUUUAUGGAAUUAGUUCAUUUAUGUUUUUAUUAGCCAUGUUAUUUAUCAAUGAACCAUUAAAGAAUAAUACUAAAGAAAAUAAUGAUGGUCAUGAUAAUAAAACAUUUACUGACGAUAAUGGCCAAGUAACACUAGAACUUCCAAGAGUUCCAGCAAAACGUGAUAGUUUAUAUGAUCAAUCAAGGCUGUAAGUAAUUAGGUGUAAUCAUUUUUAUUCUAUUCAAAAUAGUACAAACACAUGAUUUUCUACGGGAAAUUUUUAUAUAUAAUAAUUUAGAAAAUAAAUAAAAUAUUAUUUAAGAAAUGUGAUGUCAUAAAUUAUUAAGAAGACAUCCAGAAAAUCACUCUCUUGUUUUUUCACCUUAAUUUAUAAAAAAAAAAAACAAUAAACAAAAUAAAAUGUAUCCAUC